AUGAUACCCACUGACAACGGGAACACGUGCGCUACCAGACGCGCUACUGAUUUCCAGGUCGUGUCGGAAAAGACUUCGCUGCGUGGAGAUCUGGCAGCUAUCAACUCCUUCGGCUUCGGCGGCUCGAAUGCGCACGUGAUCCUUCGCCGGCCGGCUCCUCGAACGUCGGCGAAUGUCGGCGACGGCAGCGCCCCGGCACUCGUCGUGGCAUCGGGACGCAGCGAGGUGGCCGUCAGGGUGCUCCUGAGAGCCGUGGAGGAACACGGCUUCGACAGGAACUUCAUUGGCCUCCUGCACCGGGUUCAUGACGCCGAGACUCCCGGACACCCCUACAGAGGGUUCGUCACCAGGACGCAGUCGGAUAGGGUCAACUCCGUCGUGCAGGGUAAACCCUGA